CUCUCAGCUCCAAUCAGCAUUCCGACACUCAUUUGCGUUCUUCAUUUUUUAUUUUUGGCCUCCCCGAUUCUACUCUUACAUUUAAACAUUUCACAGCAAGCAUGGCCCUUCUCACGUCAAUGUACGAAAGCGGCAGGAUAGACUUUAAGGGUCAGGAGUUGGUGAGCAAAUUGGCCACGUUCCUCAUCGUCGGCUCUGCUCUCGCAGCAGUGAUAAUCGGGUACUCGCAGCACGCGCUCAGCCUGUGCUUCUACACAUACGUGGCGGGCGUCGCACUGACAUACAUUGUUGUGCUGCCGGCAUGGCCGUUCUACAAGCGGAAUCCGGUCAAGUGGCUGCCGCGCAAGCAGGCUGUUGCUGGAAAUAAUACAGCGCCAGCGCUUGUCGAUAGUCCCAAUCAGCCGACGUCACGCAAGACGCUCGUCGAGGACGUGUCAGACGAUGAAAUGGACAAUUAGGAGGGAUAACUGAGUUGAUUUAUCUUUUUUUCAUUCUUGUGUUGGUCAAAGUGGCGCUUUAAUUAAUAUUAUCAUUGUUGAAAAAUA